AUGCAGGCGCGACGAGAUACCGGCCGGCUUGACUGGGUGCUCCUCGCGAGCGCGCUGUACCUCUGUAGUCCCCUCUUGGUGCCUCUUGGCACGGGCAGUCUGUUCGGAGGCUCGCUUAACAGUGCGGCAGAUGCCCUGACCAGCAAAUCGCUGGCAUUUCUCGGUGACGAAGCGACAUUUGGACAUGAUUCCUACCUGUCCGCCACCGAUCAUGCUGGCCUGCCAUUGCCUCUUUCGCAGUCAGACUCGCUGCCCAGGGUUGAGAUGCGGCCUUUCUUAUCCGGACAGCUAAACGCGCAGCGGACGUGGUUUUCAGAGCCCAGAACGCGCUUCCAUUCCACGGCUUUCUCGUCUGUUUUUGACGUCGACGGCGUAGAACCAGUACAAAGCACGAGGAUAGCGAGAACAGUCGCUCUUGCUCCUGCAUAUCGCCGCCCGCCACGAGCAAGUCGAUCGCGCAGGGGCAGCAAUCUCUUCUUCCUCUACGCGACUUCGCCGGAGCGGGCCAUACAGCAGUCCGAGUAUUGGCGUCAUUACCUUUACUGGGGUCCGGGCAGCACCAAUGUAACGAGGCAUCCUGACGACACGCUCGAAGACGAUCGACGAGGUCCAGGCUGUCUUGUCGCUGACAACUCGGAGAUGCGGUCGAUCGCCGGCAUCGCGAAAGAGCUCGAUCCACAGCGACCUGCGAUGCUCAAUGCACAAAUCACGUUCGAUGACUUGAAGCUGUCCUGCACGAUGUCCCCCGGCUUAAGGGAAGCCUCGGUCUACGACGAUCGAAAGCGCUUUGGCGCCGCUUUUGGCGCAACCACAAGCAGAGAGACUGUGCUCAGCCUCGUAUUGCUUGGCUGGAAGGCAGCGCACGAAGAGCAGCGGCAGACUGAAUGGUUCCUUAUCUUAGAUGAUGAUACUUUCAUGGUGGAUCCACACAAUCUCAUCGAUUCGCUGAGCGACUUCGAUCCGGAUCAGGAUUGGUUGCUGGGAGGCUACAGCGAAGCUGAAAGACAGCAAUACAGGUUUGGUCACAUUGCUUACGGCGGUGGCGGCAUCAUCAUCUCACGAGGCCUGAUGCAGAAAAUGUAUGAUAGCUAUGAUCAAUGUCGAUCAGAGGAUGCGAUCAUUCGCGAACGGCAAGGCGAUGGCAAGAUCACAUACUGCGCUGCUGUCGCCAUGGAACAGAUCGGCGAGUACAACAGGCUGUACGGCGUUCGCAGCAGACUUGCCGAGCCCGCAACGCAGACUGGUAGCAACAACGUUGUCACACCGCUCGAGGGCCUGAACCAGAUGGAUCUUGGAGCAGAUUCAUCCGGCUUUUUUCAGAGCGGCAUGCGAGUCCUCAGCGUGCACCACUACAAUUCCUGGACGAACAUCUUCCCGUCAAGUCAUAUUACAGCUUUACCCUUUGCGUCCGAGUACCAAAAUCCGGCGGUCAGAACGGUCGCUCUGAGACUUCUCGCAGCUUCUGCUUGGGCACUCGGCGGCAGCAAUCUGUUCAGACGCAGCGUGUUCGAUGAUGGGAAAGUCGUUGUCGUUCAAGGAUACAGCAUCACCGUAUAUGCCAAGCCUCUGACAGCCGAGGAUCUCGACAAGACCGAGUGGACAUAUCAGCCCAAGAUGGAGCCAUACAGACCGCAUAGACCAGGACUGAAGGAAGGAACCGACAAAUUGACCUACUAUCUGUCGUACGUCGUCAUCGAGGACGACGACACGCAUCAACAGCAGCUCCUUCUUUCGCAAACACAGCAGCGCAGUAUUCGCCGUGUUCGUCUCGGUUAUAAGUGCACCACUAAUCUCACAGACUACAGUGAGCGGCCAGUAGCUUCCGACAUAGAAACGAUUAUGUUCCUGCCUCUCAUCGACUGA